AUGGCAGCUCCCAGUCCCGAGCAGCAGCAGGGUCCUCCCGCGGUGGACCCUUCCAGCGAGAAAGCGAACCUGACGAGCGACUCCGACGCCGAAUCCACCCCGCCCGCCCCCGGCCCCGCCGGCCCGGGGUUCCCGCCGGCCCCCGACGGCGGGCUCCGCGCGUGGCUCGCCGUGGCCGGGUCAGCCUGCAUCUUCUUCUCGUGCCUAGGCUUCCAGAACUCGUUCGGCGUGUUCGAGCAGUACUACCUGUCGCACCAGCUGCGCGACCAGUCGCCCGACGACGUCGCCUGGAUCGGCUCGCUGACCGCCUUCAUCCAGUUCGCCGGCGGCGCCGUCGCCGGCCCGCUGUUCGACCGCUACGGCGUCUGGGUCGUCCGCCCGGGCGCCAUGCUCUACGUCUUCGCCCUCAUGAUGAUCAGCAUCUGCACCCGCUACUGGCACUUCAUGCUCGCCCAGGGCGUGCUGUCCGGCUUCGCCAUGUCCCUGCUGCAAGUGCCCGCCUUCGCGGCCGUGUCGCAGUACUUCGACAAGAAGCGCGCGGCCGCCCUCGGCGUCGUCGUCUCCGGCUCGUCCAUCGGCGGCGUCGUCUUCCCCAUCGCUUUCUCCAAGAUGCUGAACGGCUCGUCGCUCGGGUUCGGCUGGUCCGUCCGCGUCAUGGGGUUCGUGGUGUUGCCGCUGCUGCUGUUCGCCAUCCUGACCGUCGGCCCGCGGCUGCCCCCGCGCAAGACCAACUUCUUCAUCGUCGGCGCGUUCAGGGAGGUCCGCUUCAUGAUGGUCGUGCUCGCCGCCUUCUUCUGCUUCAUCGGCAUGUUCACGCCGCUGUUCUACAUCCCGACCUACGCGGUCUCGCUGGGCAUCGAGGCCACGCUGGCCUCGUACCUGCUGGCCAUCGUCAACGCGGCCUCGACCUUCGGCCGCAUCAUCCCCGGCAUCCUGGCCGACAAGUUCGGCAAGCUCAACGUCUUCGGCCUCGGCGGCAUCCUGACCGGCAUGCUCGUCCUGUGCCUGACCAGCGCCAAGAGCACCGCCGGCCUCGUCGUCUACUCGGUCGCCUUCGGCUUCACCUCCGGCACCAUCAUCUCGGGCGCCUCCGCUGCCCUCUCCAUCUGCACCGACGACCCCCGCAACCUGGGCACCUACAUGGGCAUGGGCAUGGCCAUGGCCUCCGCCGCGUCUCUGCUUGGCCCGCCGGUCGACGGCGUCAUGCUGGAUAGAUACGGCUCGUUCCUGCAGCCCUGCAUUUUCAGCGGCGUCGUGUGCUUGGCCGGCGGCUUCCUGGCGCUCGCGACCAAGAUGACGACGCCGAAGGGACUCUUUGGGCGAGUCUAG